UCUGUACCUCCGCCGUGAUUCGGACUCUCCUUAAUCGUAUCACUGCCAGCAUUCUUUUCUUACUAGCAUAUCUAGCGAGUGUGGUCAGUCGGACGUGGUUUGGUGUGAGCAGUCCGCGACUGCCUCAGUCUUCUACAACUCUUCAAAAUUCCUUGAUUUGCGGUCCGAGUUCGCUCAUUGUCUCCUGCAGAGAUUGUGACUGAGUGCCAAUUUGAAGGGCGAUCAACGGUACGAUUAUUUUCCGAAAGGUCCGUGUGAUAUUUCUGGAAUGCGCCGAUUUUAUUAUCACCAGUGACUUGCCAGUGACCGUUGCACUACAGUAAUUGUCUUGCAAUAGUUGGUCCUGAUGCCCUCGUCAUUGGACGAGCUUCCCGCAUGUGUUCGCCUGGAGGCACACGCUACUGCUCGUGACAAAGCAGUUGCUGCAAGUGAUAUCAGCCCAGGUUCAGUUAUUCUGGAAGUGCCAUCUAUGGUGGUUCUGUUACUCUCGUCGGACAAAGGUCGCCGAUGUGAUUUUUGUCUCUGCUUAGGAACACCUGAAAUCAGGCUGGCCAAAUGUACUGGCUGUGCUUCAUACUGGUAUUGCGGACCACAGUGCCAAACCUUGCACUGGGGCUCGCACAAAAAGUUUUGCAAGAGACUUGCUUCCUUUAUGGCUUCAGCCGAUUUUCAAUACAUGGAAGCGCACGAGCAACUAGAUGCUUUGCUUCACACCCAUCUUGUAGCAGAGAUUGCAUCUAAUGCGUCUUCCGAUGUAAGAGCAAAGCAGCUAUCCACUUUCAUGUCUCUGUUGCCUGGACCGCCGCAUGACUCCCUCCCAAUUGCUUGCCCCAUGUCUGUAGGCGCUGAUGUGCACCAAAUCCUUGAAGCUCUGUUUACACGUUCUGGGAAUAACAAUUUCGCAAUUCACAGUCAUCUCAAUACUAUCGCUCAUGGCAUAUUCCCUCUUGCGAGUCGCCUUUUCAACCAUUCGUGUCUUCCAAACGCCGCUGCAAGAUAUAUGAUCCGCCGAGGUCAGUCAGUGCGGAUGGAAAUUGUAGCUUUGCGGGAGAUCAAGGCUACGGAGGAGAUCUAUAUUCCAUAUGUGGACCCUGCUUUAAUAGAAUCUCGUCAGCAGAUCUUCGAGCUCACCUAUGGAUUUUCCUGUACCUGCCCAUCAUGCAAUUUCAUCAGCACGCUUGGCUCCAUUCCUUCGUUGCCUGUCUCAGAGGCCGCACUUCAGGAAUUGGACAAUACUCUGCAAAAACAUUGUUUUCCUUCUUCAGAUGUUGACGAUCGCACGCCGUUUGUGGGAUUAACUCUUCCAGACCUUCCAGAAAAUCUCCACCCUGUGCUUCGCGAAUCGUAUCUAUCGCGGCUCACAGACACCUUCAGCAGAUCUUCUCACGAGGGUUCUUAUCAUGUCGCUCUUGAUGUUGGGCUAACCGUACUUGCCGUGUAUCUUUUAAUAUACCCAAAAACCUAUCCACAGAUUGGUAUGCAUCUCCUAGAGAUGGCGAAGACAGCGUGGAAUGCUGUGAUUGCAACUGAACAUGACAAUAAACACGAAGUUCUUGCGAAGACAUCCUUACUUAAGCGGGCCCGAGUCUAUCGCAAUCUUGCUAGCAACAUAUUAGAAGUGUUCGGUCCGGAAGGCGAUCCGGCGGGUCCUCUAGAAGAGCUUGCAGUUUUGAAAAAACUACUUGAUGGGGAACCGUAAAAGUCACCGCAGGACAAUGAUCAGUGAUCCACCCGAGGAACCACUCGCAAGCAUGCUCGAUGCUGUUCAUUAGAGGACCGUGACAACAUACAGCUGAAUAAGCAUGUCUCAUUCGAUCAACACCUUUUCACAGAACUUUAUAUACCCUGACAGCAUUGCGUACACUGGUUUGAUGCAUGUCGCAUAGUACAUACAGAGCAUGGAAUCCAGAGGUCGGCGAUGGCUGUCAAAAGAAUUGCAGCAAGGUUAAGCACAGGAGCUCGAUUAGUAGAUCUACAAUUUGCAAAUAGACUCAAGAUUGAGGACGUGG